AGAAAAAUUAAAGUGAGGCGUGGUGGAUGUAAAAUAUAACACAUCAUUGCAGUUAUAUGCAGAUAAUUUGGUAAAUACCAUUGUUCUGCCAAAUGUACAUAUGUAUGACUAGGUAAAUCAACCGGGGAUACAUUUACAUGCAAAUGAGGAAAACGCCCAACAUAUAUAUAAAGGAUAUUGUUUUUAGAUCCAUGUAACGCAAAACUCGGCCCUGUGUUUUUGCAUGAUGCAACUGAGCCACGCAUGUAGAUAACUGAAAACACACAGACAAAACCUGUCGCAAUUCCUGAUGUCACAAUUUUCAGUUUUUGGUGACACUAAGAAGAUACCAGGGCGAUAUCAGACAUAGACAUGUACUUGUGUACUGUUUAAAUACAAAGUGAAAAGUUGCAUGAUAUAAAUCGUCGCCAAGUUGUGUGUAUUCCAGGAUUGAUUUGACUGACUGAUAUUCAGAACUGAACUUUCCUGUGAGGAUUAACCAUUUACAUUACGAAAGUGAAGUCAAACGAAUGCAAAGGGUACGAAAACUAUACAUAAAAGCAGUUAUUUGAAAAGUGGUAAAAGUAUUGCUUUUUGAUCUUGCAAAACCUUUAUCGUCCAGUUUCUGUUGGAAAUCCUCAAUCUAUUUCAAGGUUUCCUUUAUAUUAGAGAUUUUACGUGUUUCAUUUGUUUUGUUUUGUUUGGUCACAUUGGUUUAUAAUCUCGCCAUAUACUUCCCCUACGGCUAAACAAUGGAAGAUAACAACCCUGUUGAUCAUUCUGAAAAGAAUGAAUCUACAGAAGUCUGCGACGCUGUGGAAGAAGUGUUUGACGAGGAAACAAUACAGGUCGAAAAUACACAGGAACUUGUCAUCAAAGAAGGCCAAAUUAUUGAUUCAAAAAGGUGAAGGAUUGUCAGAAGACGAUUGUAAAGAAACAGAAGGCGAUAAAAAUAAUAUCAAAGAACGAGAAAAUGCCGAUACAAUGAUUAGAGAAGCAGUCGAUGCAAAUGAUAUCCAAGACCAAGAAAUUGGCGUUGAAGAAGACGAGAGAAAGUUGGUGGAAAAUCAAAACUACACAAAUGAAUUUCCCAAAAAUGAUGGCGUGUCUGAUUGUGAUCCAGUUAAAUCGCCUCAUGCCUUUGGUAUUGAAACAGACGCAGUUACCUCUGUGUGUGCUGAGGACAACUUGUUAAAACAUGAACUACAGAUAGAGGAUGGUAUUGAAGAUAAAGAUCCAUGUGGGAGUACAAACUUUACUCAGAAAAAAUCAUCAAACGGAGUGGAGCCUACAUACGGCGAUGACUCUACUGUCCAAGCAGAGCAUUGUGAUCAGGUUGAUAAGAUUGGAGGUGAUGUAGGACAAAAUACAAAUGAUCCUGUUGGAGAAGAUUUUUCCAAGCCAAUCUGUAUUAAAUCACAUGUCGAAGCAACCACCUCCUUACAGAUUGAACCCUCCUCGGAUGAUGAAGAAAUAAAUCCAACUGUUGACCAAUCAUCACCAGUCCCGAAAAAAACUGGUGACAUUAAAGUUGAAAUCUCGUCGUGUGCUGUGGGCCGUGCUGGCACUAAACCAACCAGGAGUGUUAGCACUGUAGAUGGCACAGGAAUGCAGUAUUCAACAACACCCGGAAAACCAAGGCUCUGGCAAAAGUCACCUCUAAAGGCUGGUAUAGCCUGGAUUGAGCCUACCCAGAAUCCCGAUAAAGUAAAAUUAUACAAGAUAAAAAUAAAGAGACUGAGUGACAAUCUCUGGAAUAGCGUGGUUAUCCCUGCUCCUCCAAGAGAUGCAUCACAUCAGAUUGAAACCGAACUUCAACUGCAACCAAACAUUCCAUAUGUAUUUGCCAUAAUUGCUAAAUAUGAGGAAGAUGCGUUGAGUGAUGACAGCGAGAUUAGUGACGAAUUUGUUAUUGAUGCUACAGUUGAGGAAGUCUGCAAGGCAUCGGCUAUAGAGUCUUCAACGAUUGAGAGAAAUGGUAACCCAGCUUUACGUCAAAUGGUCCUUGAAAAGACAUAUGAAAAGAUAGAUGGGACGAUUCAAAAAUUUGAAUAUGGCGUUCGUAAUCCGGCGUCUAUCGAACGUGUCAUUAUGAUUGUAGGAGCUACUGGAGCAGGCAAAAGUACAUUGAUAAAUGGAAUGGUCAACUACAUGUUUGGUUUGAAUUGGAAUGACAGCGAAAGAUUGAAACUAAUACCUGAACAACUGAACCACAAUCAAGCUGAAAGCCAAACUAAAGCCAUAUCCUCUUACACAAUCCACCAUGAACCAGGUCUAAAGGUACCCUUCACCGUGACUAUUAUUGACACACCUGGGUUUGGGGACACUGGAGGAUACAAACGAGAUGAGCAAAUAACGGAACAAAUCCGUGAAUUCUUUACAACAUCUGGCGCAAAUGGUAUAGACCACAUCGAUGCAGUUGGAUUUGUUACUCAGUCCUCACUUCCACGACUUACACCAACUCAACGGUAUAUCUUUGAUAAGAUCCUUUCCUUAUUCGGAAGAGAUAUUGAGGAUAACAUUUUGAUGCUGUUGACAUUUGCAGAUGCUCAAAAACCGCCUGUACUCAGUGGAAUAAAGGAAGCAGGAUUCAAAUAUAGCGAUUAUUUUAAGUUCAAUAACUCAGCUAUAUUUGCUGAGAAAGAAGAACAUUCAAGAAAUGAAGUGUUCAACAAGAUGUUUUGGGAAAUGGGCGAGGAAAGUUUUAAAACCUUCUUUGAAGCAAUUGGAAAAUUCGAAUCAAAAAGUCUGACAUUGACAAAGGA